AUGGAAGGUUAUUUAAAGAAAUGGGUGAAUUUCAUGUAUUAAUGGUAAAAUCGUUAUUUUAUUUUGCAUGAAGAUUCUUUAAUUUAUUGUCAAACUAAAGGAACACCAAAGAAAGGUUAAGAGUACUCUGAUUAUUUAGGUUAAGUACAUUUAAGUAUCUGUUCAAUAAGAUCUGUUCCUAAAGAUCCUCAAAGAAUUGUCAUAAAUUAUGGAAUGAGUGAAAUGAAUUUAAGGGCUUCAUCAGUUUAAGAGAAAUAGAAAUGGUUAGAUGCUCUUCUGUAUGCUCAAUAAAAAGUAAAACAAAAUCGUUAUCUAGUAUUCAUCUAAAUCCUAAAAUAAUAUGCUUUUAUAGAGAAAGAAAAACCCUUUCUAUUUUAUUGAAGGAGCUCCAGAAUUAGAUCUAAAACGCAUUCACACUACUCUUACAUAAUUUUGGAUUAUGCAAGCAUAAUUAGAAGAGUAGAUUUCUCUUAAUAACACUUCGAAAAUUAGUCAAUUGAUAUAAGAAUUAAAAGUAAAUGACUUAGCAAAUUUAGCACACAACCACAGCCUGUGCAUAAGAAUUAGAUGAGGAGUAUAAUAAAUUGAUUGAAAUCAGUAAAAAGCUUUAAGAGAAACUAAGAGAAACUAAUGAACAAAAUUCUCCUGAUCAUGAUGAUUUUGAUGAAGAAGAAUUUGUACCUACUGAAUAAUUUAUGAGUUUCAAAAUGGAUGAAGAUGAAUUUUACUCAAUCAAUAAUGAACUCUAUGAUGACAGAUAAUUAGUUAAGAGAUUAUCUUCUAAGAAAAUGUCUAUUGUAGGAGUUUCUCCAUUGUUUUAGAUACUUGAGUAACUUAGAAUUCCUUAGCCAAUUAAAUAUAAAAAUCUUAUCAAAAACGAAGCAUUUAAGGACAUGAUAAUAGGAAUUGAAGAAACAAGAGAAUACUUACCUGCUUUUAAGGAUUCAAAUGAAAGCAUUAAAUUUGUCUCUUUAUUAAAAGAUAUGAUAGGAAAAGAUCUAACCAAAAUUGCAUUUCCAGUUACAUUUAAUGAACCUUUAUCGAUGCUUUAGAAUUUGUGUGAAAAUUUAGAGUAUUCCGAAAUCUUAGAUUAGGCUGAUUCAUUUUCCAAUAGCUGUGAAAGAUUAGCAUAUGUAAUGAUUUUUGCUGCAUCUGGAUUAUCAGCUACAAUAAAUAGAGUCAAAAAACCAUUUAAUCCUAUUUUGGGCGAAACAUUUGAAUUCACAUGUUCUAAGUUCAAAUAUAUCUCAGAAUAAGUCUUACAUCAUCCUCCAAUAUCAAUUGGUUAUGCAGAAAAUGAACAUUUUGAAUUCCUAUCUGAUAAUAAUGUGACUACAUCUUUUUGGGGAAAAUCAAUUACUGUGACACCUUUAGGUUGGGUUAAUAUUAAAUUGAAGAAAAAUUUAGAUCAAAUAACAUAUCAAAAAUGCAAGUCUUCAUUUAAAAACUUGAUUAUGGGACCAUAAUAUUUAGACCAUUAUGGAGAAAUUAAAUUCAAGAAUGAGACAACUGGAGAUACGGGAACUUUAAAAUUAAUAGAGGGAUCUUCUGAGGCAUCAUAUCAAUUAAAAGGAUUCGUUAAAGACAAAUAAGGAACGUAGUAUUGUAUCAUUUAAGGUAAAUGGAAUUCAGAAAUAAGUAUUACAGUUGCUGGAAUGUCUAAAAUUGUCUGGGUUCGUAAUGCUUUACCUUAAACAUCUGAUUAGUAGUAUUAUUUCACGCGAUUUGCAUUACAAUUAAAUCAUUUAAAUAGAUAAUUAUUAAAAACUUUGCCACCCACAGAUACUAGACUUAGACCUGAUUAGAGAGCCUUAGAAAACAGUAAUGUUGAUUUUGCAGCAAUUGAAAAAACAAGAUUAGAAUAAAAAUAACGAAUAGCCAGAAAAGAACUAUAGGAAUAAAAAAAAGACCAUAUUCCUCGAUGGUUUCUAUAAAGGAAUGGAAAAUAUUCAUUUGGGUAAGAAUAUUGGAAAUAAAAAGAAACACCAGAAUUCUAAACAGAAGCAUUUGAUAUUUUUUGA